AGCUUGAGGGAAAACACGUUAACCCCAUGACUUAAUGUGCAGACAAGAACAGUGGUAACUGCGUUAGUGUAUCAAAUUGAUUGUUUUUAAGUGUUUGUUUAGCUUUAUUACUUCAUCAUGUUAUUGUACUGUGGGUUGUUAUUGAUAUGUUUGAACUGCGUGAGAACUACAGAAUACGCUUAUGAUUAUGGAUUAGAUAAUAGUGCGACCGAAUGGAAUCAGAGGUUUUCGUACUGGCCAUCAUUUCAUAAUGCGUUGGCGAGGUUACAGAAGCGGGAUCUGGAAUCAGUUGGUGGCCAGAGCGAGGGAGGCAGCGUGCAAAACAGUCCACCAGCCGUGAACCCUCCCUCGGUUCAUCCCACACCAAUAAAUAGCACGACAAGUGGUGAUACACCCACAAAAACAGUAAUACAGAGCACACCAGCACCAUCACAACAAUCCAGUUUAUCAAACGAAAUCCCAAGCAAUCCUAAAACUGAGUUAUCUGGAUCACCUAAAGUAAAUGAAACAGUAACAAAUGCGCAAGUUACUGAGAAUCAAAAUGAGACAACCCACAAAACAAAUAUCACUGCAACGGAGCAUGUGUCUCCAACACAACUUGACAUCACUCGACCUGGUGUUAUGAUGAGAGGCGUCAUCGUCUUUGGAGGAUUUUUACUGCUUGCUGUUGCCUAUCUUAUAUUUUAUAGGGGCAAAUCCACCAAAAACGAUCCUGGUAACAAUCAUAACUCCAACGAUGCCGUCCAUUUUCGAUACGGCGUCCUCCAAUCAGAGGACCGGAGUAACUUAGAACUCUCCCGCGUUCCCCUGACCAUGGAGUCUGACGAGGACGAGGAUGAAGAUCUAGAAAUAUUCGAUUUAGAGCAGAAAAAGAAAUCCCUCUCGUACGUCAAUCUUCAAACGAACGAUGAAGACCUUGUGUUUGAUAAUGAUGAUACAAAAGGGAAAGACGACAAAGAAACCCUGUUACUAGAUAUUGAAGAUCCAGCUAAUGAUACACUAAUCAAUUGGAGUAACAACGGUAGUAAGUCAAUAUUAUAAUUAACUACUAGGCUGUACAAAAACAAAGCAUAAAUUUUCCGACUUUUGUAUUUAAAAGAAAAACGAUAUUCAUUUUGUACAAUGAUUAUUAUUACUAAUUACUAAUUUUUUUUAUUCCAUAUUUUUUCACUGGUAUUUUGUCAUGGUUACACGCUCCAUGGUUACAGCUUCAAAACAUUUCGGAGUGCGUAUGGACUUUUCAAAUUAGUUCUACCCUCACCUCCGUUCCUCCUUUGGUCAACUAGAAAGCCCGUAACCCUCGGUCCUUAAGUCGUUGAUACACUACCCAUUCUAACCUUAAAUAGCCAUAAAGGAAUUAGGGUUAUUUAAGGCUAGAGUGAAUAAGCAUUGCUUAGACAAACCCUUACAAUCGUAGGCAACGUCAUCAGGUGAGGUUAUGAUUAGGCGUGUGUCUAUUAUUUAUUAAAAAAAAAUAAAAAACCAAAGACAAAGCGUCGGCUAAAUUCACAAAC